AGUCUCAUCGAAGAGGUUGGUCGAGAGGCUCAAGUGUUUCUGAGAAAUUGGGUGAUUUACAAGAAGCUCCUACAUGCAAGUAGUAAAAGGUGGGGUAAACAGGAAAAAAAAAAAAAGAGAGAAUAGUCUUUUCUAGAAAGGAAACUGAAAGAAAAAGGGAAAGACUAUUAAAGAAGAGCUCGAGCUGCACUGGGCAGUCUCAGCUUCUCAACUGCCCAGCGUGCCCAGUGGCCACCUCUGCAGCACCUCCUGCAACCUGUCUUGUCUGGACCACUGAGCAAAUCUGCCAACACCCUAGCCGGCUGUGAACGCAGGUCCUGGAAAAUGGCAGAUGUGCCCAACGGUGAGCAGGGCUGUGGGUCCCCGCUGGAGCUGUUCAAGAACAUUGCUGCUCAAGGGGAGCUCGUGAGGGCCCUCAAAGCCAGAAACGCGGCGAAGGAUGAAAUUGAUUCCGCAGUGAAGAUGUUGUUAUCCUUGAAAGUGAGCUACAAAGCUGCCACGGGGGAGGAUUACAAGGCUGACUAUCCUGCAAGGGAGCCGGCACCUGGGAGUGACAGUGGCCUGGAUGCCACAGAAGCAGGCGAGGAUUUUGUGGACCCGUGGACAGUACAGACAAGCAGUGCAAAAGGCAUUGACUAUGACAAGCUCAUCGUUCGGUUCGGAAGCAGUAAAAUUGACAAGGAGCUGAUAAACCGAAUAGAGAGAGCUACAGGGCAGAGGCCGCACCGCUUCCUGCGCAGGGGCAUCUUCUUCUCACACAGAGACAUGCAUCAAAUUCUUGAUGCCUAUGAAAAUAAGAAACCAUUUUAUCUGUAUACGGGCAGGGGCCCCUCUUCUGAAGCAAUGCACGUAGGUCACCUCAUCCCGUUUAUCUUCACAAAGUGGCUGCAGGAUGUGUUCAACGUGCCCUUGGUCAUCCAGAUGACCGACGACGAGAAGUACCUGUGGAAGGACCUGACCCUGGACCAGGCCUACGGCUACGCUGUGGAGAACGCCAAGGACAUCAUCGCCUGCGGCUUUGACAUCAAGAAGACCUUCAUCUUCUCUGACCUUGACUACAUGGGGAUGAGCCCAGGCUUCUACAAGAACGUGGUGAAGAUACAGAAGCACGUCACCUUCAACCAAGUGAAAGGCAUUUUCGGCUUCACUGACAGUGACUGCAUCGGGAAGAUCAGUUUUCCUGCCAUCCAGGCCGCUCCCUCCUUCAGCAACUCGUUCCCCCAGAUCUUCCGAGACCGGACAGACGUCCAGUGCCUCAUCCCAUGUGCCAUCGACCAGGACCCAUACUUCAGGAUGACCAGAGACGUGGCCCCCAGGAUCGGCUACCCUAAGCCAGCCCUGCUGCACUCGACCUUCUUCCCCGCCCUGCAGGGGGCGCAGACCAAGAUGAGCGCCAGCGACCCCAACUCCUCCAUCUUCCUCACGGACACGGCCAAGCAGAUCAAGACCAAGGUCAACAAGCACGCGUUCUCCGGAGGCAGAGACACCAUCGAGGAGCACCGGAAGUUCGGGGGCAACUGCGACGUGGACGUGUCCUUCAUGUACCUGACCUUCUUCCUGGAGGAUGACGACAGGCUGGAGCAGAUCAGGAAGGAUUAUACCAGCGGGGCCAUGCUCACCGGCGAGCUCAAGAAGGAGCUCAUAGAAGUUCUGCAGCCCUUGAUCGCUGAGCACCAGGCCCGGCGCAAGGAGGUCACAGACGAGAUAGUGAAAGAGUUCAUGACUCCCCGGAAGCUGUCCUACGACUUUGAGUAACUGCUCACUUUCUAUACACUUACUAAGAGAUGUAAUUUACCAAGAAACCCAGCCCAGUCGAAUCACCACUUCCCUUAGGCUGUGUCACAUGGUAAUUACUGGCCUGGUGUCUAUGAGCCCUCUGUGUGUAUCAGUGCUGUUCCUUCUGCUGAAUGUCAUUCCCUGUCUCCUGUGAGCAUAACCCUGUGGGGUGAUUGGGUGCCGGGUAACACUGAGUGGUCACACAGACAAGUCCAGCUGGAGUCUCUCCCACAGAGCAGCCCCAAGGAUGUGCAGCCUUGGGCUGGAUGUCCACUGGCCAGCCUGUUCUGGUCCACAGGACAGCUCCUGUUUGAAAGCAUCCUGCAUCCAAACAUACUCUUAAACGUGCUCUAUCAAAGAAUAUGUAGUCUGUGUAUGCAUACCUAGAAUCAAGAUGUUAUUACCAUAAAACCAAAAAGAAGUGCUUCGAAAAGUUGAUGUGGGGAAGCUUAAUGGGCACAAGAGGCAUUUCAGCACAUGCCCCCCAAAAUAAAAAAGAAGUGCUGGCCAAGAGCUUUGCUAAACAUUUAACCAA